UCCCACUAGCAGAUUCGGCGAGGAACCUUCAGCAGCAGUCUCAAACACAGCAACAGCGGCUCCACAGCAACAACAGCAACAGCGAGUCUGUCAUAAAUCCACUCCAAUCUACAAUACCACAAUUAACAACCGCCGCUGUAUCAAUCAGCCUCUCGAUUACUGGAUGGCUCUCUCCCUCAACUCGCUGCUCGAUACUCGCUCAUCGGUACUCCCUGUUCGUUACUCGCUACUCGCUCUCAACUCUCUCUCUGCCGACCGUCGCUACGGUCCGGCUUCUAAAUCCCCCCCCCCCCAGUCCACUAGACCUCUGUGUCGCAUUCCUCCAGCCGCACGUGAGGUCCGAAACUCACGUGGUGCUCACGACUUCUACAUCCGUCCCUCGAUUACGCAGUUGUGGUGUCACAUGGCAGAGGGGCAACACACACACACAGGGCCGGCUACGCCACCCCGCUCCCCCCUCCACUUCCUUCCACCAAACUCAGGCGGGAUGGAAAAAAAAACAACAACUAAGGAGGUACGGACUAGUCUGUGACAGGGGCUUCUUCCUUUAUUCAUCCUCUGGACAAAGAGACAGGGCGCUAGAUGUCAGAAGAGACGAAGAUGGCGAAUGGGACAUGGCAGGAGACGAUUGGAAAUCCGUUGUGUCUCACCGGCAAGCUGUUCUUUCUAGGAAUCGCCAAGGACAGCUUGAAGGUGGAUGUGACGCGAGUAAUAGAAGGUAAGUGUGUGUGUGUGUGUGUGAAGGUGUGUACUUUAUAGAAGUGAACCUUUCCCGUCUGUCAAGGUCUGGUGCUAAAGCAGAAAACCGUUUUUGUGCAAGGUCUUUAAGAUGGUUUCCCAGAAAGUGACGUAUAUAGGGUUACGUUUGUGAUGGGUUUGUGGUACUCCGACAUCCGGGCAUGUAUGGCAACCAUGUCGAGGUGUUGUAGCUCUCGGAGGGUCGGUGAUCGAUGCCGUGGACAAGCGGCUGUUCGCGGUGGUGACAGACCUCUUCUACGACGCAGACAUAUGCUGUUGGAUCAUCAACUCCGCUGACCGCCAGACCGUUGAUGACGUCACGCGACGGCUCACGAACAGACCCAGUGACGUGUUGCAGCAGAAGGAGGAAGUAAGGGUAACGAGGUCCGUACCGAUAAACAAACUCCCACCCGGCAGAGGAAGAGACAUGGUGUCUGCUGCUCGUGAAAAAGGCCUCCAGCAGCUACCUUCACCUUCUCCACCAUCACAGGUAAUUCCACCUGGUGUCACUGGUCACCGGCCCAUGGCAUCAUCGGACCAGAGUCUUCCAACACCUGCAGUGCCAGCCUCUCUUCCUGCGGUCGGGCGCGUGGAGCUGCAGCGGAUGCUUCAAGACAUCAAGGAGGGCAAGUUCGCGGCCACACGGGGGGUCGUCCGACUGCUGUGCAGAGACAUCCUCACCCAGGAGCAGUUCCAUGCCCUCUGCCUGGAGUCCGAGAUGAUCGGCUGUCAUCUGUCUCGAGCUACGCAGCUGGAGGUUGUCGUGAUGUCAGCUGAAACCUUCCUCCAGGAACACCGCGACCUCUUCAACCACAUCCGCCGUCUUCCACGCAACCAGUGGCUGCAGGUGGCCCCGCUGAUUGCGCAAUCGCAGAUAGAUACUAAGGUGAUAGGUAUUCGCGUGGAGGAUGUAGACCGCCGGUUCCGACCGCUGUGCAAAACAUUCAGUCACGUGCAACACAUCAUGUCCAGUCACUGCGCAUGUGACAUCACCGUCAGGAGCAAAGCAGUCGCUAAGGACUUUGUUACCACACCAGAUCCUUCCAUUUUGCCUGAAAAUACGUUGGGAACAUUCCAGAUGUCACUGCAUCACCAGACGGGAUUGAAGGCGAGCACUGUUGACAUGAAAGUCCUGCGUGACCUGUCCUGUGCGACAGGGCGUGUCACUGACUGGCAGUCGCCUGGCAUCACCAGAAAAGGCCAUGAUGCAGGCCUAGCCGAUGAAAGACGAUUACACAUCCAAGAAAGAAGAUGGGAGGAGGACUUGCCACCCACACACCGGGGGGCGUUUGGUGGCCUCAGAAUCAACCAGGAGAACGAAGGAACUAGAAAACACAGCAAGCAUCACAAGAAGGAAACGAGCAGACGAUGGCGCCGACGUCAGGCCAACAUACCCUCCCACUGCGGGUGUUGCCGCCAGACCUUCGUGGAUAUGGAAGAACACCUGCAGCAGAGCAGUCACCUCCGGUUCAUGAAGGAUGCCCGCAACUACAUGGAACUGAACAAAUUUUUCGAUACAGUACCAAGGGUCGAGGACUUCUUAUCGAAGUUUGUUCGAGAACCUUGCUCUCCCGCGAGUGCGGCUGUCGGCGAGAAGAAAAGCACCGACUUUGCUCGCCACACGGUCAGGGCUGACACUGCGCCAGUAAUGGACACAACUGCCCGUCAAGGGGUUGUUCGUGUCUCAGAGGGAGCCUCGAAGUUAGACAUCAGCACCUCGAACGUUUCGUCCGUCGAACGCUACACGGACGCCAUUGAGACAUGGAUGUCGGAAUCUCCGCUUUCUACAGAAGAGGAGAGCACGACACCUACAUGGACGUUGCAGAUCAAAGCGUCACCGAUUGGUUCACCUGGUCCAGGUGGGCAGGAGGAACCUUCCAUCAAGCUCAUUUUCCACAGGACAAGACCACCAGCCAAGGCUCAGACGACAGACUCUAGCAAGCACGGGCGAGGGAGGCCAUCUACCAGAACGUCAGGAGGAAUCGAACCUUCGUCGUCAUCCCAACUCCACAUCAACUCCGCCCAGACAGCUGUUCCUCUGGGCGAAGUUCCUACACCAGACAGUUUGUCAGUCCAGCCUCCGUCUGUCGAUUUCUUACUGUUGUCCUCACCGCUAAAGUAUUCCUACAGAGACCAAGUCUUAGGAUUUGAUUCAUCUUCAAGUUCAGACCUCAAACCCGCUUCCAAAGGAGAAAAGGAGUGUGUUGCUGAGUCUUUACUUUGCUCCUUCAAGGACUGCUCCAUCUCUAGCAGUCUUGACCACGACGGAUUGUCUCAAUCGAAUGGAGACCGUUUACCGACCAACAGAGAACCUCAUUAGCGGCAAAGGUAUGUCCGACAUGGACGGUAAAACGACACACAGUACUGACGAGGUUGUUUGGACUGGAAACACCAAGGAUACCCACACCAAGAACGCCAACAACUUUACAGGCACCGAUGGCCGGGCUAGAGCGCAAAAUGAACUCUUGCAGUAUGGCAGACAACCCUCCUUGCAUGAAGUCUCAGAACCUGCAGUGUCCUCUACCAUCCUCAUGUCAGGCCGUCGCGGGGGUUCAAAUAAUGACUUUUGUCAGAAAGAGGCAAAGAGACGAGACAGAAGGAAAAUAGCGAAGAUGGAAAAUACCCUUUGGUUUCCGCCGACAGCGGAACCAAAUGACGAAGGAGCGAGACCAGACGACCGACAAAAUACGAUCGAGCAGACGAGAGGUAUCGCCGUCAAAGUGAACAGCACUUCCGGCAGAGCUCGACCCAGAAAAUUGUUGUCGGGGCUUGAAAUGAUGCAGAUACUUAAUGAGGUGAAGGCGGAGAAUGAAUCUUGUGACAGACCAACGGAUGUUGAUAGAAAGAAGUGCGAUGAAACUGGUUAAUCAGCGUCUCCUGCUGUUGUUGGUGUUAGAAGUGAUGACAGAUGACUCGUUCAAGGGUUAAAGAUUAUGUGACUUUUUUCUAACUCUGAAUGCUACUUAACGGACACUCAUAUUUCACAGAUAUGUAAUAAUUAUCACAGCUAACAAUUACUAGUCCAAAGACAAUAUUUUGCUCGCCAAAGCAGAAAACAGCAGAAGUUGCACCACUACGAGAGAACAUUAACAACACCGACGGAGAGCAAGUGUAUCGUUAGGAUUCCAGCAAUGAACGCCGGAUCAUCUGUUGAUGCUGGAUAUUCAUGACUUGUAAUUGAAUAUAGAGCUACGAUCACAAUAUUGUGUUUAAACACACUCGUAUAAAAAGAAUUAUUUGUACAUACAAGAAAACAGUCGGGCGAAAACCAUGGCGAAGAGUGUCUGGGUCAUCUUACUGAAAUGGAGACUUUUAUUCCUAUUUUAAUUUUAUUGCCAUUUAAAUUUUAUUGCCAGCAGAAA